AACCGUGACACUUAAAAGUAAUGUGGGAUAUAUUUGUGGAUAUGUGUUAUAUCUCUACUUUACUUCUGAAUUAAGCAUUGCAUAGAUUGCAGGAUUUAAUCUAAAUAAUAUGGACCACACUUAGACACAUCUGUUGCUUGCUGAGUGCAAAUUAAAUUUAAUACAACUUCCUCGCCCCACCAAUUAUACCGAACAUUCUGAUAGUGCGUGUCACUCAUGGGUAUGACAAGAUGAUAUCUUUCAUUGAAACGUGACAUUCAAUAGUCGAGUCUACACCUCGUUUGGCAGGCCGUCAAAACGCCCAGACAAGAUAUUUUAACACAGAAAGCCAUAGCCAAUAGUAUUGUAGUCAUCUACAGUAGCAAAACUACUCCCCUUAAGCGUAAAGGGCUGAUUAUGGUCCCUCGUCCACGUAACGCAAGGUUCUGGUGCGUAUCUCAAAAAUGUUAACCUCCAGUCGAGGCGACGCAGCAGCAAGGGCUGUGAUUGGUCCGCUCACUAAAACCCGACGCAGAACCGAAACAGGUUCACGACUGCGUCGAAGCGUCUGCGUGGUCCUUGCGUUGCGUUACCGUGGGACCAUAAUCAGCCCUGGGUUUACAGGAAAGGGAGUGGAGUCUUGGAAGCAGUGAACAUUUCGUUCAGCCUGUAUUUCAUAACCACAUUUGACACCACUGCUACAACACCACUUCUGAGAACUUUGAAUGAACGGAACUCGAUGAGAAUACGCUCUCGAAUAGAUUGGUUCAGUGGAUCACUUUCUUUAAGAACAAAUCGACAAAUGCCAUGGAGGGCGAACUCACCCUGAAUUACUCUGUCUUGGACUUUGGAUUCUCGUUUCUGGGGCUGGCUUUCUUCUUGGUUGACAUAGCGCUGGACAUAUGGGCAGCGGUGCAUUUCUACCAAGAAGGAGACUUCAUCUACUUGGGGCUUUUGGUGACGAUGCUGGCAGGCUCUUCGGUUCUUGGACAGCUCUUCAGCUGGUUAUGGUACCGAUAUGAGGACUGGGAGACACGCACAAGCACAGAGGGCUCAGUCAGCAAGAGGGUCCUUCAAGUUCUGCACAUAUUCCAGCUGGGCGUCUACAUCAGGUACGCAGGCGUGCUGGAGGUCGCUGUGUGCAGCUUCUCCUCAAGAAAGGAGCGCGAAUCGGAGAACGUGGCCGUGUACCUGUCCCACGACCUGUCCAUGCUGCGGCUCAUUGAGGCCUUCUCGGAGAGCGCCCCACAGCUCGUGCUGAUGCUCACGGUCAUGCUGCAGACCGGGGACUGGCAGGACCCCGUGACAGUGCUGAAGGCCGUGGGCUCAGCCUCGGCCAUCGCCUGCAGCGUGACCCUGUACCACCGCUCCCUGCGUUCCUUCCUUACGGACAAGGCCAAGCAGGGCCCCGUCUCCUCCCUGCUCUACUUCAUCUGCAACCUGCUGCUCAUCUUCCCGCGUCUGGCCGCCCUGGCCCUGUUCGCCUACGCCCAGCCCUGCUACAUCUUCGCCCACUUCCUGUGCUGCUGGGCCGUGCUCUUCUUCCUCGCCUGGUGCUGCGGGACCGACUUCAUGGACAGCUCCGCCGGCGAGUGGCUGUACCGCGCCACGGUGGGCCUCAUCUGGUACUUCAGCUGGUUCAACGUCAGCGCGGGCCGCAGCGUGUACCGCGGCGUUUUCUACCACGCGUGGAUGCUGCUGGACCUGCUCCUGCUCUGUGGCCUGGCGUUCUGGCAGACCCACAAAGCGCCGUGCAUCACCGGGGGGGUGCUCUCGCCGGACACGGUGGCGGUGAUGGGCGGCGUCGUCGUAGCGGUGUACGUGUCGGGCCUCCUGGUCAAAGUGCUGUACUACCAGCGCUUUCAUCCCAAGCUAGGUGAUGACACGAAAAAGCCCCUUCAGUUAGCUGCUGCUGGAGACUGUACCGACGGGGGUCGUGGCUUGGGUGACUACACCGAAGUGGAUUCCAUGGAGCCUCCUCCGGUGGAGAUGUUAACCGGGGGGGGGGAGGAGGUUGGGAGGGUGAAGAGACCAGUGAACAGAAGGAUGCAACACUUGGCUAAGAACUUCUACUCAUAGUCACUCCAGCGAGCGCUUGACAGACUGACUCAGAUGGACGAUUUAAAAUAACCAUUUUUCACAAUGGCAAAUUUAUUUAUAUGUGUGCUACCAAUGCGUUUAUAUUGUGCUUUAUAUCUGUACAGCAAUUCAGUGACCUUAUCUCUGCCUUGGGGGGGGGGGGGGGGGGGGGGUGUUUCAUUUCAAAGUUCAACUUAAGCUCCAGAAGGAGCUUUGCAGUUUGCACACACACACACACACACACACACACACACACACACACACCUUGUUCCAAUUGCAAGUACCGGUACCUUUCUCUAUUAAUU